AUGGCUCAAGCGCCGGGACGGAGCAGUAGCAGUAGAACGAUCGGAGACUACUUCGUCGGGAAGCAGAUUGGAGCCGGUUCGUUUUCGGUUGUGUGGCAUGCGAGACACAAAAUUCAUGGAACUGAAGUUGCUAUAAAAGAGAUCGCUACGUUGAGGCUUAACAAGAAGUUGCAGGAGAGUCUCAUGUCGGAGAUUUACAUCUUGAAAAGGAUUGAUCAUCCUAAUAUUAUUUCCUUGCACGAUAUCAUUCAGGCUCCUGGGAAGAUACAUCUUGUGUUAGAGUAUUGUAAAGGGGGAGAUCUUUCUAUGUACAUUCAACGCCAUGGAAGGGUACCAGAGGCAACUGCAAAGCAUUUUAUGCUUCAGCUGGCUGCUGGCCUUCAAGUUCUUAGGGACAAUAACCUUAUUCACCGAGAUCUGAAACCACAGAAUCUUCUUCUCUCCAGAAAUGAUGAGAAGUCAGUUUUGAAGAUCGCUGACUUCGGAUUUGCAAGAUCUCUGCAACCGAGGGGCCUUGCAGAAACAUUAUGUGGUUCACCACUCUACAUGGCUCCCGAAAUCAUGCAACUGCAGAAGUAUGAUGCCAAGGCAGAUCUCUGGAGUGUUGGAGCAAUCUUAUAUCAGUUUGUUACAGGGAAAACACCAUUUACUGGAAACAAUCAAAUCCAGUUACUACAGAAUAUCAUGAAAUCGACAGAAUUGCAAUUUCCAUCUGAUAGUCAAGGUUUGUGUUCCGAGUGCAGAGAUUUGUGCCAGAAAUUACUACGCCGUAAUCCAGUGGAACGUCUAACUUUUGAAGAAUUCUUUAACCACCCAUUCCUUAAACCGAAGCAAAGAGAACAGGAUGAAUCAUUAAGGAGUAAAAGCUCUUCAAGGUUGGUAAGUGGGUUCUCUUCAACAGUGACCGAUCCUUUGAGAAGAACUGAGGAAAAUUAUCAAGAGGAUUGCUUACCUUUCAUUCUAGAUGAUGAAUCUAGUAGACCUGAAGGGAGUACGUUGCAUUCAAAGAAGAAGUCCUCCAUGAAGUCUACCUUUGGAUUUGAUCUAAAUGCCAAACUAGAGUCAACUUCCAUUUCUAAUAAUGUAACUUAUGCUUCCAGAUAUAAUAGUGUAACACAGAGACCUGAAAUCGCUUCUAAAAGAUUGGACAACCAUAAAAUUUCAGGACGAAAUCUCACUAAUCCUCUAGGAUCACCAGAACAGAUAUUUGCAAACCCUUAUCCAAAAGUUACAGAUUCACUUGAGAAUAUUGAUCAAGAGUAUGUUCUUGUGUCUGGGCCCCCUAUCGAUGUUUCAUCUUCUUCAGUGAAUGCUUCAAAGCCCAGCCAUUCCUUAUUUAGGACAGGUAGUCAGGACUCUGCUCCUGGGACAUCACAUGGAUCAAUGGAUACAGCUGAUGAACAACCAUCAACUAACUGUAUGACAAGGGUGAAAUCAUUGCAAGAUUAUGCAUCUGCCCUCAGAGAAUUAGUUGAUGAAAAGACUGUGGCUAGAAAGCAGUUAGAAGCAUUUUCUAUUGAGCUUGUGAUUCUCGCCAUUUGGAAGAAAGCACUGCACAUGUGCCAUACACAGGCUGCCUCAGCAAUGGAAGGAAGUCCAAGUCAAGAAGCUUCAAGAUAUAGGAGGAGCACCAGCAAGAAGCUAGGUAGUCCCGAUUCAGAAGAUGAAAACACCCAAGGGCCAAAAGAUUUAUCAUCUGAAAUUGAAAGUGGAUUUUUGAGGGAGUUUGAGCAUGCCCAAGAACUUGCCAAAACCAUUAAGCCUGGAAAUACAGAGAUGCCAGAUGCAAUGGAAACAAUAUUUCAAGCCGCCCUUGGUUUUGGGAAGCAUGGUGGUGUAGAAGAGCUCUUGGGUAGUACAGAUAGUGCAUCUACAUUGUAUUCAAAAGCCGUUCGUCUACUGGUUUUCCUUCUUGUGGAAGGACCGUCCCUGAUUCUCAACCCUCCAUUUUCAUUGACAAAAUCAGACCGAUACAGGCUUCGGAAUUACAUUGAUAUGCUUAAUAUCCGAGAAAGUUAUACAAGGUCUCAGAGAUCAACACUCCCUAAGGGUGAUGAUAGUCAGGGAGGAAAAGUUUUAGGGCUUUAG